GGCGCCUUCUGUGCCGUGGCUGCGGCCGCCGAGUCCGUUCGCGCAGCGUCCUGCUUCCUCGCCUCGUCCGGGUCUCGGCGCUGAGAGGCGGCGGCGGCCGGCGGGAUGGAGAAAAGUAGGAUGAACCUGCCUAAGGGGCCGGACACGCUCUGCUUCGACAAGGACGAGUUCAUGAAGGAAGACUUCGAUGUCGAUCACUUUGUGUCCGACUGUCGGAAGCGGGUCCAGCUGGAAGCACUGAGAGAUGACCUGGAGCUCUACUAUAAGCUGCUUAAAACGGCCAUGGUCGAGCUCAUCAACAAGGACUAUGCAGACUUCGUCAACCUGUCAACGAACCUGGUUGGCAUGGACAGAGCCCUCAGCCAGCUUUCUGUGCCUUUGGGACAGUUACGGGAAGAGGUGCUGAGUCUUAGGUCAUCUGUCAGUGAAGGAAUUCGGGCAGUAGAUGAACGAAUGUCUAAACAAGAGGACAUUAGGAAAAAAAAGAUAUGUGUGUUGAGGCUUAUACAGGUUAUUCGAUCAGUGGAGAAAAUUGAAAAAAUCUUAAAUUCUCAACAUUCUAAAGAAACAUCUGCACUAGAAGCGAGCAGCCCACUUUUGACUGGACAGAUUUUGGAGAGAAUUGCCACAGAGUUUAACCAGUUACAGUUUCAUGCUGUUCAAAGCAAAGGCAUGCCUCUUUUGGACAAAAUAAGACCACGUAUAGCUGGCAUUACAGCCAUGUUACAGCAGUCACUGGAAGGCCUCCUGUUGGAAGGUCUUCGGACUUCCAGUGUCGAUGUAAUCCGGCACUGCUUACGGACUUACGCCACAAUUGACAAGGCACGGGACGCGGAGGCGUUAGUUGGUCAGGUCCUCGUGAAACCAUACAUGGAUGAGGUGAUUGUAGAGCAGAUUGCCGACGCUCGUCCGAGCGAUCUUCAGCUGAUGUACAGUAAGCUGCUGGAGUUUGUUCCCCGCCACUGCCGCCUCCUUCGCGAGGUCACGGGAGGAGCCACCUCAAGUGAAAAAGGCAAUACUGUUCCCGGAUAUGAUUUUUUGGUGAAUUCUGUCUGGCCAGAAAUAGUACGAGGAUUAGAAGAAAAAUUGCCCUCACUUUUUAAUCCUGGGAAUCCCGAUGCCUUUCACCAGAAAUAUACCAUAAGUAUGGAUUUUGUAAGAACAUUUGAACGGCAAUGUGGAUCACAGGCCAGUGUAAAAAGAUUAAGAGCCCAUCCCGCCUAUCACAGCUUCAAUAAUAAGUGGAACUUGCCUGUGUAUUUUCAAAUAAGAUUUAGAGAAAUAGCGGGAUCCUUAGAAGCAGCACUUACAGAUGUCCUGGAAGACGCACCAGCUGGAAGUUCGUAUUGCCUCUUGGCUUCUCACAGGACGUGGAGCAGCCUGCAGAGGUGUUGGUCUGACCAGAUGUUCUUGCCGUCGCUGGUGCAUCGUCUGUGGAGACUCACUCUGCAGAUUCUGGCGCGGUACUCCGUGUUUGUCAAGGAGCUUUUACUCAGGCCCAUCUCUAAUGAAAGUGCCAAGGAUAUUAAAAAGCCUUUGGUAACUGGCAGCAAAGAUCCUUCCGUCACCCAAGGAAAUUGCGAAGACCAAGGAAGCGGCCCUUCCGAAACGAAGCCCGUCGUCCCCGUUUCCAGCACUCAGCUUGUUUACGUGGUCGCAGACCUGGACAGGCUUCAGGAUCAGCUUCCAGAACUCUUGGAAACAAUCAGGCCAAAACUUGAAGUGAUUGGCUUUAAGAAUUUUUCUUCUAUCUCAGCGGCCCUGGAGGACUCCCGGCUGUCCCUGUCUGCCUGUGGGCCUGCCUUGAGCGACAGAAUCACCCAGGACUUGAGUGAGUCUUGCUUCAGUCACCUGAAAAGUGCCCUGGAGGUUCCCAGGCUGUACCGAAGAACCAAUAAGGAGGUGCCGACGACCGCCUCCUCGUACGUGGACGGUGCUCUGAAGCCGCUGUACCAGCUGCAGAGCGGGCACGAGGAUAAGCUCAAGCGAGCCGUGAUUCAGCGGUGGCUGGCAGGCGCUCUCUCCGAGAGCACGCAUAAGUACUAUGAGACCGUGUCGGACGUCCUGAACUCCGUGAGGAAGAUGGAGGAGAGCCUGAAGAGGCUGAAACAAGCCAGGAGGACCACUCCCGCCACCCCCGCCGGGCCCAGUGGCGGCGGCAUGAGUGACGAUGACAAGAUCAGGCUGCAGUUGGCCUUGGACGUCGCAUAUUUAGGAGAGCAGAUCGAAAAGAUAGGCCUGCGGACAAAGGACAUAAGAAGCUUUCCAGCUCUUACAGAGCUUGUUGCUGCUGCUACGGACCAGGCAACGGCGGAGCAGCCUUAAGCAUCUUGGAAGAGCCCAGGGGAGAAGAAGUUGGGCCUCGCGCCUGCAGGGAAGAAAGCGGCUCUGUUCUCUCACGGCCUGCAGCCAAGAAGCGCUCGCACGGGUCCCAGCAACGCGCUAGGGCAGCCUCCCCCGCAGCCUGUUUGGGUUUCCUUUCACCCAAAAAGAAUACAAAAGCCUUUUUCCGUUGUAUGGAAGAUAGUUUUUAACUAAGACAUUUGAAACUUUCUACUAUAGUUUACAGAGCAAAUUAUUUUAUUUUUAUCGUAAAUCUUAGCGUGGCAGAGCUGAUUUCUAAGAUAUGAUUGAAGGAAAUAUAUAUAUGAAUAUAAAAAGUCGUCUCCCUGAUCCUGCAGUUAGAAGUGGCCGGCUGCAGAGGGGUGACCAUACUGUGUGCAAACGCCCUUCUCCACGAUGAAAGUAACUGCCUACUUCCUGACUUUCUAGAAGGCGCGGCCCUGGUGGCUCCCGUUCCCCCGUUAGGCGUUCAGGAACAGUGCACGUCACCCAGGCCUCUGUCGGGAGCGCGAACCAGCGGGGGGGGGUUGGUCUCCUAAGUAAAAGAAGAGUCUGCCAAAGCCUGUGUGCCUCUGAUGUGUGAAUUGCGCACAAGUCCAGUGCUCCUCAGUCAUGCCUGUGACGACGCGCCCCCUCUUCUGGCACCUGCGGGGUCCCGUCCGCCCAGAGCCUCCCUUCAGGCGCGCGGUGGUCCCGGGCCGCGGGAGCGUGACCCAGCGCACCCGCCCGGCCACCGCCUCCUGCGCGUCGGGGAGGGAGAAGAGUGGGGAGUGCUGGAAGGAGGUACUGACAGCACGCGGCUGGUUUGUCGGCUCAUGGGUUCACGCGCGUGCAAGCGCUUGUGCUGGGCCGUGGCGUGUGCCCCUUCAGCCUGACGACGAUCGAGAGCAGGUACGCCUCCUGCUCUGCCUUGGUGUUUCCUCGUGUCUCAGUCCGGUCCAAGGUUAGCUCUAGGGGGAGAGCAGGGUGACCGGGAGUUAGGGGAGCAGACCCGGGAGGCCUCGGCAGGAACGAGGCGGCGGAGCCGGGGAAGUGGGGGGUGAGGGGAGGGGAGCCCCCGGGAGAGCAGGUGCCCCGGCCCUGGCAGGGAAGGCCCUGCCCUUGGACGGAUGGGCGUCCUAGCUCUGCGUGACAUUAGGAAGCUGGUCAGAGGGACAGAACGGCGAGUGACACCAAGGGAGGGACUGAGGCGAGGGGCUGAGCCCACUCGGCCGGGGGCGCCGGCUCACCCACCUAGGCUGGUGCUCCCUUGUGCGAGGCCGGGCCCGUGGGCGGCAGGGGCCGGGACGGGGAGGAGAGGUGGGUGCGGAGUGGGGAGAGCCGGCCCCGCUGUGCCGCCUCGGAGCUGCACGCGCACCUGGGAGCUGAGGAAGGGCCUCGUGCCAGGAGGCGAGCCUGCAGCUCGAGGCGACGGGGUGCACUGCACGCGCUGCAUCAACGCCUCUUCCGCAUCCCGCGGGCUCCCUCGGGGCCUCGGCAGCCUCGUGCACGCCUGACGCGGCCUGCCUCGGCCGCGUCUCAGCGAUGGACUCCGGCGCUGUCCCCAUCUCCCCGGCUGCUUUGCCUUUAUCGGUUGUUUCAGAACGUGGUGGACAGGGAUACGGUUUAUUAGCCCCUCCAACUCCAGCACUGUUGUUCCCAGUGUGCAGAUGAGGAAACAGAAAUUAAGAAGUUGAGUUGGUAACGGGUUUGGGAUCUGAUGACACCCCUCGGGGGCCAUGAGGCGCGUCCCCUGGCCGUCCUUGGGCCGGGACUCGUGCCCAGCUGGAAUGUCAGAUUGAAGGGACCUGUAGUUGUCGGAUGAUGACCUUGUCACUGGAUAAGCACUCGCAACCCCAGGAAGACGCACGGUUGGCUGCAGAAAUGUGUAAGAGAAACAAACCCCUACCGUUAAUCCGUUAAUAUUUUUGUGUUAAGUGAUCCACAGGACGUCGGUACUGAGUAUCCUUGUAGCAUCCUGAGCCGGCUUCGCAUUUGUAAAAGAGCUCCGGAGCAGAGAGCAGCAGGUCCGUUCGUGCGCUGCCAGUUGCUUUUGGAGAUAAGGCCGGGGCACAGACAUCCCCUUCCUCUGGCUGCCGUGGUGGCGCUGCCCCAGGUCUAUCCAGGCGACUUCAGCCCAAAGCUGGGCACCCAGCGCCCUCACAGAUAUUUGUCAGAUGCAGGAAGGCAUGUGCUGGGGGGAUUGUUUUGAAAGGCAGCUCUGAAUCCAGUAGUCAGCACCUAUUUUGAAAAUAAAAACCGUUUUUCGCCUGAAAAACGUGA